AUGGGAAGUUUGCGAGAAUUCCAAGCAUUUGCUGACAAAAAUGACAUCCCAGUAAAGCUAAAACGAACAAGAGAUUUCAGCUCUCUUAAAAUCGCCAAGCAACAAGUAGAAAAAUACUUAAUUGCUGUCAAGCUAAUUUUUACAAAUGAGUACCUUACUCAAGUCCUCGUCAAAGAAUAUUGGAUUUUUAAACAAAUCGGGGUCCAAAUUGUAGAGCUAAAUGAUAUCAUAAAAUCUAAAGCAAAUAAUCUGUUUGAAGCCGUCGGCGCAGGCCUUUUUAUGCACAAGUAUUUAGAGACUACAUCCAUGAGUGAAAGAACGCCUGAAAAAAUUUUCAUCAAGAUAGGUAUAAUCGUAGGGGACUUUAUUUCGACAGCAAAUAUUUUAGAAGAAGAGUUAAAGAAGCCGUCAAGGAUGAAAAAAGCUCAAGAGCCAUCUCCCAUGAAAUUCUCAAGGGAACAAAGGUCGACUCCUCAGAAUUCUACUAGAAUAGAAACAAGAGGUGCAGCUUCUACAGGAUUUUCAGGACAACAAAUGCCAGCUCAGCAAAAUUUUGAUAAAAUUGAUAGAGAACCUUACUCUCAGGCUACCCCAAUUAAGCCAAGUCAAGAAAAAAUGCCACCACCCCCUAGUGAUGAAAUUUUAGGGAUAAAUGAAGAAUAUGAAGUAUUAGAAAUCACAAAAGAGACCUUUAGAAAUUAUUUUAACGUAGAACCUCCUUCAUUAUUUUUUGAAAACACUGCAAUUAUUCAAAGCCUUGAAAGAGGACUAUACUUGAUUGAAUUUUAUUUCUUUUAUAAUUGAAAUCAAAGCAGCCAGCUCGAGACAGGAAAAUUUAUCAAGAUAAAAAAGAAUAUAAUUGCUAAAGACCAAAAUAUACUAAAGAGAGAGCUAGAAAUGGCACAAAAAGACUUCUUUAUACAGAUCCAAGCUGAAAUGAGAGAAUUCGCUAAGAACUCUCCAAAAGAAGUUCCAGUGAUGGGAGGAGAAUAUCUGCAAGCUGAUGUCGAUCAUUUUGCGUAUGAAAUGGAAUAA